AUUAUUUUGGGAACAUGACAAGUAGAGAAACAAUUGUAAUGUCAAGAUAAGCUUGUCAGGUUGAGGUAAAUAAUAAGAAAAAUAACUCUGAAUAUGUGACUUAUGUUGAAGCAUGUUCACAGCUGCAGUCACGAACUGAUAAAGUUCAGCCUCAGCUGCAACAUAUGUAAUCUUUAAACUUCUUUUUGUGACGCAUCCAAGGCAAACGAGGAGUCUUACCAAUAAGAAAAUUCCCUUGGAGCGUCUGGAACAUCCUGAACUUUUCACUGAGCUGGAACCAGUGUUACUGACGUCACAGCUUUUGCAUGAGGAGAACAGCAGAUGAGCCAAAAGACGAUACAGGCAGUUUAACUUCAGCCUCUGCCACAGCAGCAUGAAGACCAGCGGGCCGUUACUGGGUGUCCUGUGUCUCUCAGGGUGUCUCAUCUUCUCCACAUGCCUCCUCCAUAAGUAUCACUUUAUCAACAUCAAUUCAACUUGGACUGAAGCUCAGACCUACUGCAGAACCAAUUACAUAGACCUGGCCACCACUGACACCAUUGCAGAAGUGAACCAGCUCAUCAGCACAGUUUCAUCUGCGGGUUACAAAUCCAACGUCUGGAUCGGGAUUUAUGUUACGGUCUCGGCAUCUUGGACAUAUGACCAUGCAUCUGAUUAUUUAACAUGGACGGUGCCAACAGAAAGCAACACUUUCUUUAACACAGCUUGGUGUGGAUCCAUGGAAUCAAAUGGAAUGAGCUGGUGUGAAAAUUGCACAGCAGCAUAUCCAUUCAUCUGUGAUCAUGGAAACCGGAAGAUUUUUGUUAAUACACCAAUGGAUUUUUUAAAAGCUUGGAGCUACUGCAAAGAAAACUUCACAGACCUAACGACCCCAAUCAACUCAUCCAUGAAUGCAUGGGCCAACAAUGUAAUGGCCAUGGUCCCAAGUGUAGGUCGAGUGUGGUUUGGUCUGCUUGCCUUUGGAUCCUACCACUGGUCAGAUUUAAGCGCCGUCUCGUUCAAAUACUGGGAGGAGUGGCCACAAAUGUUUGCCGCCGCGGUUCUGUAUGGCGCUGCAGAUUUGCAGAGAUUAGGAACAUGGAGCUUUUUGCCCGCUGGGUCGUUACCAUUUGUCUGCUACACAGAGGACAUUCAAGUGGAGACAAAAGUACUUCGGCUGAAGGUGAGCUCCACUACAGAUGUCAAUGACUCUGCACUGGAAGCAAACAUCUUGUCACAGCUCCAGAAGAGAUUUAUGGAGCAAGGACUGAGUGGAGCUGCCCUGAAGUGGAGAAAACAGCCUGAUGGGAAAAUCUUCCAAAAGAAGGAAAACACUGACGCGUCAGACGAUCAUGCAUGUCCACAUAAUACAUAUUAGACCUGCUCAGAUAUCAUGGAAGAUACAGAACCUUCCCGAAGAAACAGGUGCAGGUAGAUCUGAACUGGGAAUUCAGAGCUGGGCUAAAGCAAGUGAGGCUGGUUCAAACGCAGAACGGGAUUUUCAGGAUCAUCAGUGAAAUCCAGUUAUUGUGGGAAGAUGAAUCGAUGUAGUUCAAUUGAUCGAUUUGAUUAAAACAAAAGUUUUGUUUUUUUAAAUGCUGCAUGUGUACAAUUAUAAUGAACGUUUCUACGUGGAUGCGUAGGUGCAGUGUUUUAGGAAUUAGGGGAUAAGCAAUGUAAAGUAUUUCAAGUAAAA